AUGAGGCUUACCGUACAACUGAAAUCAUUUUUACCAAACAACAAUCUUAUUUAUAUCUGGGUUACUAUGAAACCAUCCUACAGAAAUCAGAUAAUGGUUCCGACAAUAUUAGGAAGUGUAUUUUUGGCUGUUUUUUUAUAUCAUUUACCUAAAACAUUAGGUUAUGAUAUGGAAUUAAAACGUGCUGGAUUCUGGAAAUUUCAAGAUGUUUCUCGUGUAAAAUUUACUACAUUGGAGGUUAAAACAAAACUAAAUAUAUUCUUCGCAUUUUUCAACGAGAAUGAACGACUAUAUUGGAUUAUAAUCAGAACUGAUGGGUGGAAGUGGAACAGUGGUACUACUAACCCGGCCUCUACCCAACUUUCAUCUACUGAAUUCACUAAAUAUUGGUUCAGCUGGAAUGGAACUGAUGUACAGUUUGGACUGGGACAGGUACCAGGAGUUAAUGUUUUAGGAACCAAGACAGGGAUUUCAGAUACAGUACAGUUUAAAUAUACUUCUAUCUCUAUAACGUUUCCUAAUAACGCUACCAUAAGAUUUCCUGAUUCUACAGUAUAUCAGGCCUAUCCCGGUGCUACAUUAAGCUCACCCACUUCAGUUUUAACAACAUCCACAGUAAUGGCUUGUGGCUUUAAAUGUUUGUCUCGCCCGAUGUGUUAUGCCUUUAAUUACAGAGUUAGUGAAUUUAACGAAAGUAAUUGUCAACUACACGGAACUAAAGCCUCAUUAAAACCAGGCAAUAUAAUGCCAACACCAUUCUCUUCUUCUCCUAAUACAGAAUGGAAUUACUAUUUUCGUAUGUAG